GAGGGGAGCCGCCAGCGUGAGGCCAGUACGUGCCCCAGGGAUCCCUCUCCCACAGGGGCAGGCGCGUCACUCCCAGCCGGGUCACUGCUCCCCUCGCCUGUGUCCCACGGCUGCGCACGGAUCCCCCCUGGCUGGAGGCGGUUGUGCGGCUGCGUGUCACUGCGCCGCUUCCAUAUUAAGUAGUUCCCCCGCUCUCCCUUUAGCCGGGAUCCCUGACAUACGCACCGGGACCAGCGCCGCCAUGCCUGGGAUGAUGGAAAAGGGCACUGAGUUCCUAGGCAAGAACCGAGCCAAGAGCCCGCUCAGUGCCUCCAAUGGCCACUGCUCUGAGGAAAGCGGCGGCAGCGACGACGACGAGCACGGUGAUGUGGGAAUGCGGGUGGGAGCGGAUUUCCAGGCCCGGAUCCCGGAAUUCGAUCCCGGUGCAACCAAGUACACUGAUAAAGACAGCGGUGGGAUGUUGGUGUGGUCACCGCAUCAUAAUAUAGCAGAUCUUAAAUUGGAUGAGUAUAUUGCUAUAGCAAAGGAGAAACAUGGCUACAAUGUAGAACAGGCUUUAGGCAUGCUGUUCUGGCACAAACACAACAUCGAGAAGUCCCUGGCCGACUUACCCAACUUUACCCCGUUUCCCGAUGAAUGGACAGUUGAAGACAAAGUUCUCUUUGAACAAGCUUUUAGCUUCCAUGGGAAGAGUUUUCAUAGAAUUCAACAAAUGCUUCCAGAUAAGUCGAUUGCAAGCCUAGUGAAGUAUUACUAUUCCUGGAAGAAAACGCGGUCACGGACAAGUCUGAUGGACAGGCAAGCUCGGAAGUUAGCCAGCAAAACCAAUCCGGGACAAAGUGACGAGGAGGUGGAGGAGGCAAAUCCAAAGGACGGGAAUGAUAGUGAUUAUGACCCUAAAAAAGAAGCAAAAAAGGAGCACAUGUCAGACUUUGGCACUUUCCUUUGCAACCCUAUGGAGAACAAUGGCCGAUGCGUUAAAGUGACAAGUUCAGAAUCCUGCAUCCAACCCGUCAAGGUUGCUCUUGGCAGAAGAGAAUACCAGAGCUUACAGCACCGACACCAUUCACAACGCUCUAAGUGCCGCCCCCCGAAAGGCAUGUACAUAUCCAAGGAAGAUGUGGUAGCAGUAUCUUGUAGUCCCAAUGCAGCAAAUACCAUUCUCCGACAGCUGGACAUGGAGCUGAUAUCAUUAAAGCGACAGGUCCAGAACGCUAAGCAGAUAAACAGUGCCCUUAAACAGAAGCUGGAAGGCGGAAUAGAAGAAUUCAGACCACCUGAGUCAAAUCAGAAAGUAAAUGCGCGAUGGACCACAGAAGAGCAGCUGCUUGCUGUACAAGGUGUCCGCAAAUAUGGUAAAGAUUUUCAAGCUAUUGCAGAUGUAAUUGGCAACAAGACUGUUGGUCAAGUGAAGAACUUCUUUGUAAACUACAGGCGUCGGUUUAACUUAGAGGAGGUAUUGCAGGAAUGGGAAGCAGAACAAGGAACCCAGGCCUCUAAUGGUGAUGCUUCUGCUUUAGGGGAUGACACAAAAAACACUUCUCAUGUGCCAUCAGGAAAAAGCACUGAUGAAGAAGAGGAGACGCCGCCCAACCAGACAGCUCCACACACAGACCGGUCAUCCCCAACGCGAUCCUCUGUGCCAGCACUGGCAACUUCUGUUUCGACAGUAAAUCAACCUCCACCUCUCCUCCGCCCAACACUACCGGCUGCUCCAGCUCUCCACCGGCAACCACCGCCACUUCAACAGCAGGCUCGAUUUGUUCAGCCAAGGCCCACUCUUAACCAGCCACCUCCCCCAUUAAUCCGCCCAGCUAACUCUAUGCCUCCUCGUUUAAAUCCAAGACCUAUAGUGACCACAAGCACUAGUCAACAGCCACCAUCUUUAAUUGGGAUACAGACUGAACCACAACCCAUGCAUUAAAAUUAUAGGGCAAAACCCAGUUCUUUUGAUUGACCAUAAUGUAAGUUUAAAGAAGAAACAUCCGUAAUUACAAGACACUUAUCAUAAAGCUCUUCAUAUUUAGACAGAUUUAAACAAUUUUUUGUAUCUUUUCUGUAUUGUACAUUGCUAAAAAUGUAAAGUUAUAUGCAGUCCACAUAUCCUGUAAACCAAAGUAUUUUUGUUUUCUUUCUAAUGAUAUCCAUUUAUUGUAUUUGUUGAAGGUUUUUCAUUAUAUUUAAAAGCACUUAAUACACUGACGGCAUUUACUCUUAAUAAAACCCCCAGGCGAUUUCCCAGUUUUAUUUGUGAUAGAUUUUUGUAUAUUGUAUUUAUGCAUUUUUUAUAAGUUAAAUGAGGAACUUUUUUGGCUUAACCUAGUGUUGUUGAAACUUUUUUUUAAUCAGCCAUCAGAAAUAAUGACAAUUGUUACAACAUUAUUCUCAGUAUUUUAUUUUUGUAUGCCUCUUUACAAAUAUUGUAUAUGUGAAAGAUUGUAAUAUCCGUGUUGUGUUUCUCUUUAUGUACUUAUCUAUGUUCCGAUCUAGAGAGGUUUCCGAACUAAAGAACUCAGUAUCCUUUUCUGUUUCUGUGGAAAAGUUUUCUAGUCCCCGCCCCCUUAUUUCUGUAACCAUGGAUUUUGCUCUCACGGACUGGAAUGGGGCGAUUACUAGAUAUUCAGGAAGUACGACAGUGAUUUAUUUUGUAUAUAAUGUAGGUGUUUGUAUGUUUACAGCCCCGAUAUAUUUGAAAUAUUUACUGUACUCUGAGGCCGAUUUAUCAAAAUCUAACUUUCAAGUUUUAUUAAAAACUUUCCAAAAAUUUCCAAAGCUCUGUUGCAUAAAAACUCCAAUGCAGUUUUUGAGUUUUUUUGCACAAUGGGAUGGCUACUGCCUGGUGCUAAUGACUAAGCCACAAAUACCCCCGAGUGAGGUCAAUCUAGAACAUGUGAGUCACCUUCCACAAUCUGAUCUGGUCCCUAGCGAAUAAUGUUCUAGUUCUGUACAGAUCUGUCUUAGGGUUUGGGGGGGGGUCUCUCCCUACUAUACCUGCAAUUCUUGAGGUAUAAAUCUUCAGAAAAGUGAAUUUAAAUUUAUGAAAAAUUGCCAUGUUAUGUCAAUGUUAUGAAUUUGCCACAAAAAAAAACGUAAAUUGCAGUGAAAAGUCGAGGUUAAAUGUUGCUAAAUCUGCCCCUUAAGAUUACGCCUUCCAAAAAGUAGCACAAUUGGGUUGUACCCCUCUCUAUGAAGUGGUACACUGUAAAAAAAAAACAAAAACAACAUAUUGAUACUCUGUAGGCUACUGCCACUUUGGGUGGAACGUAAAUGCUGAACAAGAUUUUUGUAAGUGCAACUGAUUCAAGAAGAUUAAAUAACACAGUCGUUUGUCUGUUAUAAUACUGAGGCCACUACCCAAGUAACUUAUCAGUCCAUGGCAGGGAUCCCUAACCUUUUUGUGAUUGGCUAUUUGGUAGCCCCAUGUGGUCUGCUGACCUGAAGGAGGCUAAAUUGGAGUAAACGUGUGUCUCUCAGCUUCCAAAACUUGUCUCCAAGCCAGAAAUGUAAAAAUGGCACCUACGUUGAAGCCACUGGGAGCAACAUCAACCAACGAACCCCUGGUUGGGGAUCACUGCUCUACAGCUUUGCAAGUCAUUUUGUCACACACAGAAGGCAUCCAAGAAGAAGCCAUCCAGAACAUUAGUAAUAAUUAUGAGAAGUUUGCCCUUCGAUCAUCUCAGGCUAAAGCUGCUGCCCCAUUUGCCCAUGAUCAUUCUGGUUUGAUUAUUUAAGUGCACUUCUAUGCUAAAUGUUCAGCUGGAGGAGUUUAGCUUUCCCUGUGUAACAGAUCCAUACACCCUAAAGCCAACUGCUAUGGAGACUGCAUCUACAUUUUUAAUAUCCAGUAUAUAUUUCCCUUAGAAAAAAUAUAUUGGACUUCUUUAGGCAUAUUCUUCCAACAGGCUAAGCCUUAAAUGUAGCAAGGUAAAAAUAGUAUUUUUCAAUUAGGCGGUUUAACAUCUGAAUCCCAGCGCAUCAAACGUUGAAAAGUUGUCAAUUUUAAUAUUCGUUGAAACUCCUCUUUCUAGCAUAAGUAAGGCAAUUCUGGAGAAGAUAUGAAUCCCUUGAGCAAUCCGUAUAAGAAGAGGUGUGGUUUUUUUUUGUUUUUCUUUCAAUUUUGGGAUUGUAUUCAGGAAAAUUCUGUGACGUUUCAAAUUUUUUUUUCAAAUUAACAUUUUUUUUUUUUUUUUAUCAAGUUUUGAUAUUUUGUCUUUUGCCCUCCCACAAUGACAUUUGUGUAGCUUUGAACUUAAGGUGGCCAUACAUGGGCUCAUUCUAGCUGCUGAUAUUGGUCCCUUAGACCGAUUCGGCAGCUUAUUGGCCCGUGUAUGGGGCACUAACCACCGGCCUGCCCGACCGACAUCUGGCCUGAAAUCAGGCAGAUCUUACUCGGACAGGUUUGAUUUUUCCGUCGGAUCGAGAACCUCAUGAGCUCAUUGAUAUGGUCCCCGAACAGACGGGCGCCCAUACCCACCAUUUUAAUUCAAUUUAUGGGCCCCAGGGCCAGACAACUGAAUUAUCCUGAUAUCGCCAACCCGUAGGUGGGGAUAUCGGGAGAAGAUCCGCUUGCUUGGCGACCUUGCCAAGUGAGUGAAUCUUAGUGUGUAUGGCCACCUUAAGUUAAUUCAAAUUUCGAGGAAAGAAAUAGGCACCUAAUGGCCUCUAUCUUGAGCGUUGAUCCAUGCAUUGCUGUUGUUUUGGCAUUAAAGGAUUUUAAUCUGACACACAGAAAAUGUAAAUAUGCUUUCUCUAAAAUGAAAUGCCUUAUGAAGUUCUUCAGCCUCUGCAGAUUUUAUGGACUAAUGUAGAUAAUGUGAACAGUAUUUAUGUCCUUCAUUAUUUAAAUGUGUGUGUAUGUAAUUUAACAUUUUCCCAUUAAAUACUGAAAUGGUGGCGUAACAAUGAGAAGAGCACUGUAAACUUAUUUGGUGUGUUGAACUGUAAUUUGCCUUGUCAUGUGUCCUGUAAUUUGCAACGUUGCUGUAGAUCGAGCAGGGUCGUUAAAGAAAUAGCCGGGGUUCCAUGAGAUGACAGAGUAGAACUUUCAACGAAUAUAUAAUAUUUCUGUACUUGCAAACUGUGUAAAUACUGGUUGUAUGUCUCUGUGUUUUUCUUUUUAUUAUGGUGAAGUGCUCGGUGCUUUGAUCAUAGGAUUAAAGUUUUAAAUAAG